UCAGACUUUGGCAUGCUGCAAGCCAUGGCUUUUCACUCUACAAAGUGCAUGGCACAACUUGCUAACUGGUGCGAGUGCUGGAACUGUGAAAUCAAAUGGCCUUGAGUCAAGAGUGGUGGGCAGGAAGGAUUAAAUUGCUUUGCUCUGCCAGCAGAUUUUGCAUCAUGAGAAGGGAGAAGUGGCCCUCUUCACCAAAUUUCUACUGGGACCAUCAAGCUGGGCAGGCAGUUGGUCUUGUGAGAACAUGCAAUAGGAGGUGCUCAUGGCUUCAUUAUAGAUUGCUCUGUUAUCAGCUACUAGACCAGAUAAAUGAAAGAACAGAAAAUGAAGCUCUAGUAAGGUGCUGUGCUGGUGGUGUCCUGAAUGACAUCAGGUGUUCAGCUGUUUUGGGAAAUCAAGCCCACACAGCAAGUUUAUCUGAAAGAGUUUAUCUCUGGGCAAUGUGACAUUGGUGACAGAAGAAGAACGAGAAUGAUUACAUAUCUAUAACUCCCAGCAGUAUGUCAGGGUAUAUACCCAGUUACUUAGACAAGGAUGAGCUAUGUGUAGUAUGUGGGGACAAAGCCACCGGAUAUCAUUAUCGCUGCAUCACUUGUGAAGGUUGCAAGGGAUUUUUUAGAAGAACCAUUCAGAAAAACCUCCAUCCAACCUAUUCCUGUAAAUAUGAAGGAAAAUGUGUGAUAGACAAAGUAACAAGAAAUCAGUGCCAGGAAUGUCGCUUCAAAAAAUGUAUCUUUGUUGGCAUGGCAACAGAUUUGGUGUUGGAUGACAGCAAGCGGUUGGCAAAGAGGAAGCUGAUAGAAGAAAAUCGAGAGAAGAGACGUCGGGAAGAGCUGCAGAAAACAAUUGGGCACAAACCAGAGCCAACAGAUGAGGAAUGGGAGCUGAUCAAAAUUGUCACUGAAGCACAUGUGGCCACCAAUGCACAAGGAAGCCACUGGAAGCAAAAAAGAAAAUUUCUGCCAGAAGACAUUGGUCAAGCACCAAUAGUUAAUGCCCCAGAAGGUGGGAAAGUGGAUUUAGAAGCCUUCAGCCAGUUUACAAAAAUUAUCACACCAGCGAUUACAAGAGUGGUGGAUUUUGCCAAAAAGUUGCCUAUGUUUUGUGAGCUGCCAUGUGAAGACCAGAUCAUCCUUCUGAAAGGCUGCUGUAUGGAGAUAAUGUCCCUCCGAGCAGCAGUGCGCUAUGACCCCGAGAGUGAGACUUUGACGCUAAAUGGGGAGAUGGCGGUGACGAGGGGCCAGCUGAAAAAUGGGGGUCUUGGCGUAGUGUCUGAUGCCAUUUUUGACCUGGGCAUGUCUCUUUCUUCGUUUAACCUGGAUGACACCGAGGUUGCCCUUCUCCAGGCUGUUCUGCUCAUGUCAUCAGAUCGCCCAGGCCUUGUUUGCGUCGAGAGGAUAGAAAAGUGUCAAGAGGGUUUCCUCCUGGCAUUUGAACACUACAUUAAUUACAGAAAACACCAUGUUGCACACUUUUGGCCAAAACUGCUGAUGAAAGUGACAGAUCUGCGAAUGAUUGGAGCCUGCCAUGCCAGCCGCUUCCUGCACAUGAAGGUGGAGUGCCCCACAGAACUCUUCCCUCCGUUGUUCCUGGAGGUGUUUGAGGAUUAGAGAGACUGGAGCAGUCCUCCGCACCCCUGUCGCACUACUGGCUGUCAUUUCAUUCCAUUGCCCAGCUCUUCUCACCCUUGUUUGUUCUUCUUUUGUUCUCUUUUGAUUCUUGAGGUGGGGUUGGGUUUUUGUUUGGUUUUUUGUUUGUUUGGGGCUGCUGGGGGCAGUUGCGUACACAUGGAUGAAAACGUCCCUUUAAUGCAGGUACUUGUGACUAUUGCAAUUUGUUCUUCGGUCCUUUGAUGUGAAUGCUUUGACAGCUUAACAGUGAAAAUACAAACAGACCAGUCGCAUUCACCAGCACUUUCGUGGUCACCAGCUCACAUCAUCAUUGCUUGGAAGUGAUGGGAGAUUAAUUGAAGUGGCAGAAAAUAAAUUGGCCUCCAAGUUAAAACAGCUAUUGUUAAUUUGAUCCUGGCAAUUCUGUCUAGUAUUACCUCACUUUGCAGGGCACAAGUGACCAUUUAAUGCAAUGAAAUUUCUAGUCUUCAUGGUUGUUUCUAUUGUGACAAUUACCAUUAUGAUCUAGGAUCUUCAUCACCAUCAUGAUCCCAUCAUUAUCUGAGGAUUGUUCCAAUGGAUGCAGCAAAACCGUGCCCCAUAAAUCAAGUAUCUAGAAAAUGCAGCGUGGUAAAAGGGACUGAUUCAUUUUUUUCCACGUGUAUAAGAAAGUAAGAUCCUUCAGUUCUUACUGUGUUUGAACUCCAGGUAACUUCACUGGGAGGUCUGUCGGAGUAAGGAGGCGAAUUCGGUCCUCUGAGAUGCUUUUUCCUGAGAGUGGGGUGAUCUGCUUGUUCUGAGGUGUGUGGAAAAUCCAGCACUCUGAAGGAGUAGGCUGUUUGUCAGGAUAGCAGGAUUUCCUCAGAAUUAUUCAGGGAUGUGAGUGAUCACAGAAUGAUGACAAGAAGAAUGAAAUGUAGGGGAUGACCAUCAGAUGGAACAAAAACCAGUUGUGUUAUUAAUGACACUCGAGACUGUACAGCUUUAUCCCAGUAAUACAAAUAGCAUUGCUUGGCAGUAAUCUUUUGUUUUAUAUAUAUAUAUAAAGUUUAUAUGCACGUAUAUAUAUAUAAUUUUAUAUAUAUAUAAUUACAAAUCUUCAGCAGAUGUCUUAAACAUUUUUCCGUAUUUUUGUGUUCUCUCUCUCUCUCUCUUUCCUUCUUUCACCCUCUCUUCUGUGUGUGUGUGUUUAUGUGUGUUGAUCAGCUAGGUUCUCCCUCCUUGGUGUGCGUUUGUGUUUUGUUUGGCUAGUUUCUCACUUGAUUCCUUCAAAUAAUUUAUUUCCACUAAAUGCACUAGCAGGAACUGAACUGAGCAAAGACAGGAUGUCCUGCUGCCGAAAUCUGCAAGCCAGUAUUCACCAUACUGGAACGUUUGGAGGCCUGUAAUGAGGGCAUUAUAGGUAGAGGUUCCUUUCUGUCAUCCAUCUCCUUUCAGGGGCUUUGUCCCUGGAUUUUAUAAACUUGAUAUUAAACCAUUCUCUGAAUUUGUAUGAUACAUCAAAAGCAUUCUUCUGUUCUUCCUGGGAACUCAGAGACUUAGUUGACCUACUUCACACUUCCUCAUAUCCCACAUUCUUUUGUGUUGUGCAUUCAUUUGUACCAGUUUCUGUCUCUGCUAUUUAUUGAUAUAUUUGCCUGGCGAGUCAGUGGGCAUUGUUAGGUUGGUUGUGUUGACUUUCAGAGCUCAUGGCCCAUAUCUAAACCAAUACGUUACACAUUUAUCCCCUCAUGAGACCAUGAUACUCAGGAAAAUUUAAUCUUAUAGGUGGAACACAAUAUAUGUGCCAGAGGUUAAAUUAUUUUCACCUCUGUUUCCCUUUAUCACUGAUAAAGCGUUUGGAGUGCUGUUGGCCCUUCUUUCAGGGUUGUGGAAUCUUGUUCUCCCUGUUCUUUGAUGUCACAUGCACCUGUAGUGAGUUAUGAGCAUUGAUGUUAUUCCUUACAGGUUGUGCACUUAAUUUCAUGAGAACAUAAAACACAAUGGCGUGUUCGGGGCUUUUGGCAGGUAGCAAGUAGGCAGGCCAUUGGAAAUUAGUCUUUAAAUGUGUGCUGGAGUUGAAGAACCUCUGUCGCAGACUGUGUUUACGCCAUCUCAAAAUGUGUGCUAACAACACCAUUCUCUACCCAAAUUCCUGGUAGAGUGCUAUGUCUUGGGGACAAGGAGCUGGAAACUCUUCUGCUUUUUGGAACAAGAGACCAGACAACUUGAUGAACUUGCUUGUAUUUGGUUCUGCAGAAUCUCAGGUGGGCAGCAUCUGCAGUCAGUGAAGAAUAUUAGAUAUCUCAUUUGGGAUUGGCGUGACAGGGCACUGAUUGUACAUAGGAAGAGCAAAAAAACAGCCAAUCCAUUACUGGCAUCUGUACCCCAAAUGGCUCUCAAAAAUAAAAGAAGUGUGUGGGUCUUUUGGAGUUGCCAGAGCAUGGAGUUCCUUAUGAAGCCUGUCUGAGUAGCUCACCUAGUAGCUAACUGUGAUUUUGAGUUAGUGUACAAGCUUUUGACUGUGCUGCAGAUGAGACCACAGAGAAAAAAGGUCAUUUUCUCCUGGUCAUUCACAGUGACCUCACUACAAGCCUUUUUUUUCUCUUGAGCAUCAGUUCCUAGAGUUACAUUGCUACUUGAGAGAUUCAGUCUCUCAUUAAGAUCAACAAUUCUCAUCCUUUGAGUUAUAAAGAAAAUCAGUGGCCUAAAUUGGAAGUCACUACCCAAAAGUGACUUCUCAUAGCUCACAACUACGGAGGCCACCGCUACUGGCCUUUGAACACUUGGGAGUAUCAGGACUGCAUUAAUCAAAAAAUAAAAAAAGGUCACGGGUUAGAAAAAAUGUGAGAGUUACUGGAUUGACUUGGGGAAGCAGCGAGAGAUGUAGGAACUUGCAACACCCUGGACAGAACUGCAGUUUGAGGCCGUGCUGAGAAUUAAUGCUUCGCACACUGGCUGCUGUAAAAAUCAUUGCUCAUACAGGAACUUGUCUCCAAAGGUGACCAAAGCAAGUUACAAAGUUUUAAAACACAGCCUGUAUAAAUGGAUGUCUGAAUUCAGGCAUGUAAGCUGCAUUUAGGCAUCCAAGCUAAUGGCCUGACUUCCCAAGAUGCCGAUGCAGCUUGGGGUUGUGGUUAAUCAGGGUUCAGAAAACCAGUCCUCCUUUCUUAGGUGACUGCAGAUGGGCCGAACUGCCUCAAAUUAGGCGACCAACCUUGAGUAGUUCAGCAGUGCUUUAAGCAGUAAGGACGUAUGUCAGCAUACUUCUCUAGCUUUUUAGAUUACAUUGGAAUCUGGCUCUGAUUACCAGGGGGAUUAGUAAUAUUCCUCAACUGAAAACUAAGACCUAGCUCUUAGUCUGACAGAUUUGAUGUUCUGACAUCUAAUGGCCUCUGAUCUCCUACCAGUCUUAUUGAGUGUCUUCGGUGACUUCCUUAGUCUGACUCCUGACCUACAUGAUCAUGAGAGCAAAACUAAAACCCGUGAGGAUGCUGUUGCAGACUCUUACUAGUGGAUGUGACCUCAGUCCUGCAAUCACUUACCUGCUUUUGUAUACCAGUGUUCUCAGGCCACUGUAGAGUUGAGCCACUGGAUUUACCACCUGCGUGGCAGACAUCAGUACUGCAGCUACAGUCAGCAGCGUUUGUAGGACCUGGCCUUUUGAGGGAAGCAACAAGCAGGCACUUUUCAGUGCAGUCCAGCAUCUUGUUUCUGACGGUGCCACACAACCCUCAUUUUUGCUUUGUGGUCUGUGUGGGGGUGUUGCAUAGAAGAUUCUUCCUCUCGAACCUGAUUGUCAUCCGUCAUGGUUUUGCCCUGGGUAACGUGCAUUUAGAUGCCCAUUUCAUGUGUAAUCUCAGUUAAGUUAUGCUAUUUAUAAUGACACAUGUAGUGCGUGAUAAUGAUUUUUGUUUACAUUCUGCCAAAAUGUAGGUGUUAGAGUUAGACCUCUGAGGCCCAAAACCAUCCUUGAGCAAAGUGCUUGCUUCUUUAGAGGCAGGCGUCAGAAAGAGAAAAAAAAAAAAUGUCCAGAAAGACCAUUUGUAUUCGAAAUCUGCCAAGACAGGGCUGUUGAUCACAAGCAGAGCAUGUCAUUGCUAGUGAUGUAUUUUUAUGCUAUGGAACUCUAACCUGUAUAUGUCAUAUUGACUUUUUGCUGCAUGAAUCAUAAAUUAUAAAAAUCAGUCUUACAGUUUUGAGAUGUAGCCAGCAUUCCUAAGGCUAAACCUUUUUCAUUGACAGAAUCGAAAUCCACAACCAAGGAAUAUCUUCCUCUCACUGUGAGAGCAAUUAAAAGUGUUCAACAGUUACCUUUUCACAAAGGAAGAGGCACAGGACCUCUUAAUGUGUCUUGUUAUUGUGAUCAUCUGGAAAUGAUUGCCAGACGUUUCCUUUUGAUACAGAAAUGAAGUGAUCCGUAUUUAAAUUUUAUAGAGAGAAACUUUAUUCUAGUGUGAUAGAGAUUUAUUUUCCACUUAAAGAUACAAAACAGCGUGAGCACAUUUUUUUACUAUGGUAUAUUUUUGCUUUAAAAUUAAAAACAACAAAAAAAAAGGUUUGGCCUUAUCACAAAGUUUUAGUGUGUCGUAUAGAUGUUAGCAAAUGCAAAGAGUAUGCAUUAUUUGUGUGUAUCCACAUUGACUGAUGUCGCCUUCGAAAAGCAAUAUUGUGCAGGUAAUAAGUUGUUUGUGACUGUCCAUUGCACAGUUUACCUUCUUUAAAAGCUAACCUUGUUUAUGCACAAGACAAUCAAAUGUAAAUCUACAUCAGCACCCAGGUGUAGAUUAAAUUUAUGUAAAUUACUGAGCACAAUGUAAAACAUUAAAAGACACUUUAUUUAAUUACACAUUUAAUGUUGGUAAAGAUAGUAUCAGGGCAUGAACUAGCUGACAUACUGUAAUUUCUUUUUCUCUUUUCCUACUUCCUUAGCAGUCUUCAGUUUUCGUUUGCUCAUAAAUACAUCAAAUUAGUCAUUCUUUUUUUUUUUUUUUUUUUUUUUUUUUUUUUUUGAAGAGAAGCGUGGUUUGGGUUGUUUAUUUGUUUUUGUAAAGUUAAUUGGGAGGAUUUCUUACUUUGUCUAUGAGGUUUGUGGGUUUUGCUUAUUUGGUUUAUUUUUUUAUAUCAGUUUCGUGCCCUGAGGGUAAGGCAAACAUUACGCAGUACAGUAAAAAACAAAAUACCUUGGAUGAUGUAUUUUUUUGCAAACAGUGUUAAGAGUUAUGCUAGAUUGGUAAUAUUUUUUCAGCCUAAAAUAUAUUAAAAAAAAAUCUGUGAUCACAAAUGUUUUAAACUAUCUAAAGAGAAAAUUUGUAUAUUUGGGGGAAGAAAAUAAUUUUUACAUAGCUUUUGUAUGCAGAUAUUAAAAUGUAAUUAUGAAUAUAGUGGGCAUAGAUAACUGUGUAAGCUUGAAUUCUAAAAAAGAAAAAGCUUAUAACCGAA